GCGAAAACUAAAAUAUCCCUUGACGAUCCUUAUAAUCUCUAUUUAUAGAUCUAUCGUCAUGGGAUCCCAAUUGGGAUUUUAGUGUAUUUAUAUGACACUGUAAGUGGAAGGUUUACCCCUUGUAGACGCGGAAACAUGAACUGAUAUUUGAAAUGACGUGGAAUUUCCAGUGGUUUUGUUGUGAUAAAGCUAAUGAAGCUGCACUAGAUGACAUUGCUGUUGUUGUAUCCAGCAACCAUGUGGAGGAAAUGUAUGUGACUGUCCGUCCUGAACUAUUACAACAGAGGGACGGUGUUACUCUUAACCAGUGUGUUGAAGCAGUUAUUGAUGAAGCACACGGACGCUUGAGUAAAGAUGAAAGGAACGAACAACAAUAUCUUGAUUACCAUAAAGAAAAAUCGACUGUUAAUGAUCAAAAUCAACAUCUUGAUGUGUAUGAACCAAAUGGAAACUUACGUAGAUAUGAAGAAAAUGUACACUACAAUAAAGGUGAAAACAUAUGUAUAAACAAGGAUGCUGUUCACAGACAUGAUAAACCUUGGCAAGCAGACGACCUCUUAGACAGUUUCCUAAGUUGCCUACUGGUCGAGAUCAAGUCAAAAUUAUCUAAAUCUGAAUUAUAUGAUAUUAGAAAUGCAGUGGAGAAUUUAGUAUCUUAUUUAUUAAAUAAACUUGAACAAAUUGAACCAGUUUUGAGAGUAGGUGAAAUAAUACCUACUGGAAGUUGCUAUGAUGGCACCAAAAUAUUACAACCCGACGAAUUUGAUUUCCUUGCUGUGAUAGAUUGUCUUUCCUUAAACAAUUUGACGACUGCUGUCAAAGCCUCUAAAGAAUUGUGUUCAGCCGACGGGUAUGCACACGCACUUUGUGAUGAAAGAUCACCUGACGGGUCACGUUUUAUAGAACAAGAUGACGACAAUUGUGUUGUAGCGUGUCGGAGAUCAAAUUCAUUACGAGAAUUAUUUCGAGACCGUUUUCACAUGCUUCUUCUUAAUGAAAUAAACAAUACAUAUUCAUUGGUAAAUCAUACAGGAGUGUUGAAUUUAGAGGGGUUUUCAAUUUCAAUCAAUGGUCCCCAAUGUAAUGUAAAAGUUGUGUGGAAACCCAAGGAUGAUCCAAAUAGUCUCCCAGUAGAUAUUGACAUUACCCCCGCGAUCAAAUGUAGUUUAAAGAAUGUGUUGGUUACCUCUGACGUUAUUAAUGAUGACGUAUUCAAAUUGAUGUCAAAACAUCAAUAUUUAUACCUCAUACCUCGGCCACAAAGAUCCUGUAACAAGUGCUUUAAAAUGGUCUUCCCGCAUUCUGACCAACAUUUGGUGACGACAUUAAGCGAGUCGCACAGAAAAGUGCUGUUAAUUUUGAAAUAUCUGGCAUGCGAAAUGCUCAAGUUCGACUUCCGGUUAAAGACGAUUUUUAAUUCUUUUACUAUGAAGACGGCGUUGUUGCAUCAUUCGUUGAACUGUAAAGAAAGUGACGGUCAAAGUGUUAGCAUAUGUUUAAAUACGACCCUUGAUUACAUGAAACAUCAACUAGAUAGACGAGUCCCGGAAAUGACAAGUGUAUUCACCGUCCGUCGGAACGUCUGGAAAAAUGCCGAAAAUUACGAAAUAACUCUAGCACGUGUCCUUAUUAGGGAUGUGGCAGUCGUUUUCAAUAAGAUUAAUUGUGGAAAAUUCAAAGACUCUAAUUUUGCCAUACUUAAACGUGAACUUUUAUUUGCAUGUUCAAAUUCUGUACCAUUAAGUAUUGUUUCUAAUAAUUAGUCAUAAAGUCACAACAUGGAAGUUUGUUUUUAUCUCAAACAAGAAGGAAGUCAAUCAUGUUCGGCAAACUUUAUAUGGGUCACCAUUGUGUGCUCAGAUUUAAAAUUUUCAAUUUGUAUGUUUCCGUUAAUUUAUAUUUAAGAAACAUUUAUCACGGGGAAGAAUCACGCCAUUCGUUACCCAAAGAAAUAAGAUGGCGGAUGCGAUCGAAAAGUAGGUUUUUCCCUUUUUUCUCUGAAAUUUAUGGUUCUAUAGUGUAAAAGUACAUAUAAUAACCUUCUCCACAAUUUUCCGAGCACACAGGAUUUUAUUUCAUGAUCUUUUGUCCCGUACUUCAUCUCAAAUGGGCGUCACCAGAUCCGAAGCGAGAGCAUUUUCCACCGGUUUGAUCGUGGUAACGUACAGCGUCUUCUCUAAAAUGCACUGUUUCUUUUACAUAUAUGUAUUUAAAUUGAAACCGCUAACUUUAAAAUGUUGUAAUAUGUCGUCAUCUAAGCAUUUAUGCCUAUUCUGGCUAGAAUAACCGCUGUAAUAUUAAUAUCGGGGCAUUUUCCGGAAAUGAUAACAUAUGGCGCACAAAAUAUCAGUGAUAACGUACGGCGCAUUUUUCUACUUGGUGGAUUUCCAUUUGUCCGGUCAGCUAAUAAUGAAUUAAUUGUAUGUAGGAAAUGAUAGGUAUCUGAAAAAUUGUUUGUCAGUUCAGAAAUAAAUAACAAUGCUGCACAAUUGGGUAUAAAUAUCUUUCUAGCUGGUGGCGUAAUAGAUAUUCGUUGUUAAUAAACUAACCUCUAUCUACCAAUUAAAACACACAUGUACAGUUUGAAAAUAUGUUUGUAUUAAAUGUAGAAUGGAAAGAAAAACCUCCACUUUCAGGAAACAUUGUAUAUUGUUGUCUUCUAUUUAAUUUUCGCAAUUAUGGUCGUAUCCCUUUAUCAGAAUGAAGAAACACAUUCAGCAGAGCAGAAAUGUUAAAAAGGUACGGACGACUAGACAUAUUUUCUUUUCAAAAGAAAAAGUCUAGUAAAAUCAUUUCUAACAAAUUUAAGGUAAUCUUAAUAUUUGAACCGCGUCAAACAUAAACAAAACAAAAAGUGAUUGCGGCUAGCUUACAUUCAAAUGA